CCGGCGUGCUGUUGGCACUGUGUCGCUGGCACAUCACUCUGUUUGGUGUCUUCCCUGACAUGCAAAUAGUCUGAAAUCUAUCAGCUGUACGGGAAACCAGAAUCGAUAAACUGUAGUUUUUCCAUUCAUGUGAGUUUCCUGGUUUCAGUGCAGCAAUGCCGUGUGUGCUGCUCCUCCAGGUGUGCCUCCUGGGAUUUGGCUUGUCCGCAGCCAGUCCUGGAAGCAAGUUUCUGACUAUGUUCCCUCCACAUAACGACCCAGCAGCAAAUGUUACCCAUCAAGUCACCAUCACAGCCACUGGUGUUUGGUCCUCCGUCACUGUAGAGGUGCUGGAAAGCAGUUUCCUGCAACACAUCUACCUCUCGGCCAGCCAGUCAAAGACAAUCCACCUGCCACUGUCUGUGGGAAUGACCGGUGAUCGUUCCUCCCACCUCCUCAGUGUGAGGUCUACGUGGCCUGUUACAGUCCUUGCAUCAUUCUGUACCCACACUGGUUGUGACCACAGCCUCCUCCAUGAUGUGUCCUCCUGGGGGACCCACUACUAUCCCAUUACUCCUGACAUGUCUGCUGUCAGCCAGAUGGUGAUCACCAGCUCAGACCGGGAGACAUCCGUGGAUGUCUUCCUCUCUGGAGACGUGCUCUCUGAAGGCAAUAUGUAUCCCAGGGGUAGUGUCCUUAAGUUGCAUAUAGGGGGGCUGCAGAGUGUUUACCUCCAGAGCAACUCAAGCCUGUCUGGCUCAGAGGUAAUCUCCAAAGAAGCUGUAAGUGUAGUGGUUGGUUUUACCUGCACCAAACACACAGCCCAGGAUUGCUCGUAUGGAUUUGCUGAACUGAAACCAGUCUCGCACUGGAGUUUUGAUUACAUUAUACCUCCUUUGGCAAACACAGCAAUGAGUUCCAGUUUCCUGUUGGCAACAGCUGCCAUUAACUCACACCUGGACGUCACUGCCAGCACCGAGCGACAGAAUAUGUCUCUGGUUGGUGGCAUUAUGAAGGUCAUUCCAGUCGUGACCUCAGAUAAAAUCCACAUUAUCAGUGACAGUCCUCUUCAGCUUGUUUACUUCAGACGUUACAAUGCACAGCAGAGACCUUCAACUCUAAUAGUACUGCCAUCUGUUGAUGAUAUCUGCCAGACUGUCGCUAUGUUUGAUUCAGGUGAUAUGAGUAAGCAGCAAGAUAACAGUACAGGCACAGGAGAUUUGCAGUCUGGUUUUAAAUUCUCCCUGAAGCUCAACUUUACUCAGCUGCCUGACGGUAAUGCUGAGCCCAGUUCUCUUCACACAGACACAGAUGUGGGAAAUUACCUGAGCACCAUGAGCAGACAAUAUCCAGCAGUGUGUUACAAAACUGCAGCGUCUUGUGAAGAGCUGUUCUGUGGUCACAAACGGAAGUGCUUUAUCAAAGAUGGAAAGCCACUCUGUGUUUCAAACACUAAGAUAUGCUCUGCGUGGGAUGACUCUUAUUACCGCACAUUUGAUGGAGAAGAUUUUGUCCUGCAGGGAAACUGUAACUACACUUUGGUUCAGACGACCUGUCCAGGCUUAAAUGCUUCUAUUCCACUACAAGUUAAUAUAGCACGAGCAUAUUUGAAGAGCGCCACUGUCUCCACCAUCCACACAGUGCAGAUAAGCAUCCAGGGCUUUAACAUCUCCAUAGUUAAAGAUGACAAAACUUAUGUUAGGAUUAACGGACAGAAAAAGAACCUGCCCCUCACUCUGGGAAACAGGUCCCUGAACUUUUAUCAAAGUGGCUCCAGCGUUGUCUUAGACACCACCUUUGGCCUGGCUCUGCAGUACGACUGGAAACACCAUCUCCAGGUUGAAGUUGGCCCAGAGCUGUAUGGCCUCCUGUGCGGUUUGUGUGGAAAUGCUAAUCGCAGCUCCUCAGCUGGCGCCAUUGCCCCUAAUGGCACUGAUGAUACCCAGACAGUGGAUUUCACCCUCCCAUGGGUGGUGAACAGUGACACAGGCUCCUGUAUUGAAGACUGCGGUGGUGGUGUCUCAUGUCCAGUGUGCACUCGAAGCCAGACCAAAUCAUUUCCUGGCAAUAAAGGCCGCUCCCUUGGGAUUGGGUGCACUCUGCUUGUGAGGAGCAAUGGACCUUUUGCAGACUGUCACUCGUAUAUUGAUCCUGAGCCCUUUGUUCGUAGCUGUGUGAACAGCCUGUGUGUCAAUGAAGAUGCCUCCUCUGUAUGCAAGGUCUUGACGGCCUAUGCCAACAUCUGCCAGAGGCUCUCAGCCAGAGUCCAAAACUGGAGAACCAUCUCACAGUGCUCUAUGGUAUGUCCAAACAACAGCCACUAUGAGAUCUGCGGUUCUGCCUGCCCUGCUACCUGCGCUAACCCGGAGGCCCACAGCAAUUGCUCCCUGCCCUGUGUGGAAUCAUGCCAGUGCAACAAGGGGUACCUGCUGAGUGGUGGGAAGUGUGUACCACACAGCAAGUGUGGCUGUCUUCACCAAGGGUCCUACUAUCACCCCAAGGAGAACUUCUGGAUCGACGAACACUGCCAGGAGAAAUGUGUCUGCCAGCCCAGCUCCAAGACGGUUAUGUGUGCUCAGUCUCAAUGCCAGGAUGGAAAAGUGUGUAAGCUUCUGAACGGAGUCCUCGGCUGUCACGCGGAUGGGCCCGGAGUGUGCAUAGCCAAAGGAGAUCCUCAUUAUACCACCUUUGACGGGCGUCAUUUUGAUGUGUAUGGCAACUGUACUUAUCUACUCACUUCUCACUGUCCCACCUGGGGGGACCUGGAAGACUUCACCGUGGAGGUCCAGAACCACAUGGAGGAUGCUACAAAUGUUUCUUUUCGGCAUGUUAAAAUGGCAGUCUUUGGUUACUCCAUUGAGAUGACAAGUGAACAGAGGAACAGAGUUAUGGUAAAUGGUCUGCUACUGCGUCUUCCAUCUGUUUUGAGCCAGGGCAAAGUAAAGCUCUACAUGACUGGGCUCUCAAAGUGUAUAGAGACUGACUUUGGCCUUGUGGUAACACACAGCUCUGAUGUCCUGACUGUUCGAAUGCCAAGGACCUACUCUGGUAAUCUCUGUGGCCUGUGUGGGGACUUUAAUGGCAAUCCAGAAGAUGAUGUGAUGCCCGACGAUGAAUCCGAUAUGUCUCAGGCCGUGAGACACUGGAAAACCAGCAGCGAACAUGAAUGCGUGGAUGUGCCUAUGAACAACUCGGGUUGUAAUUCACACAAUCGGACUCUUUAUGAGGGGAAAGAUUUCUGUGCAAGGUUACUGGAUACAGAAGGAGCGUUCCAGAGCUGCCAUGAAAUGGUCGAUCCACAAGAUUUUUAUGAUAACUGUGUUCAUGACCUCUGCUUUAGUAACCAGACCACCCUGUGUCAGAUUCUGUCCAGCUAUGUUGCUGUAUGUCAAGAAAUGGGAGCUAUAGUGGAUGAAUGGAGAAAUUUAAACUUUUGCAAUCACUCCUGCCCUCCUAACAGUGAAUACCACCUGUGCUCCACUCACAUGUCUGACUGUGUGGCAAACCCAAGUCCUCCAGCAGUGAAAUGCAAAGAGGGCUGUUUCUGCAAACCUGGGUUCUUCCACAGUGGUGGGAAAUGUCUACGAAACUCUGAGUGUGGCUGCAUUCACAAUGAUGUUUACUAUGAAAUCCAUGACAACUUCUACCCCGAUGAGCACUGUAAGCUGCACUGUGUCUGUGUGGGCCACAACACAGUGCAAUGUACCAACCACACAUGUCCAAAAGGAACAACAUGUGCCACCCAAGAUGGCCACAGGGCAUGUCAUGCACCACAACCCGUUAAAUGUGCAGUCAUGGGCAGCAGGCACUUCAGGAAUUAUGAUGGACGUAGCUUUGACUUUAAUAUGGGAAGCUGCCGUUAUGUUCUAUCCCGGGUUUGUGACGAGGAAGAGUCUGAGCCCACUGUUAUUAUCCAGCAAGGACAGCUGCACCUCAGGGUCCGUGGAGUGAACAUUGAUGGUGUUUUGAGGAGGCUUCCUGUCCAGCUGGAUCACGCAGCAAUACUGCAUUCUGGCUCGCUUACUCGUGUUGUUGUAGACACAGGGACUGUUGUCACUUAUGGAGGGCCUAAUCUGGUACAAAUAGUGAUUCCUGCCUCCCAUAGCAAAAUGUGUGGCUUGUGUGGAAACAUCAGUGCCAUUACUGACAAACAGAGCCUGAAUUCCAGCCUUGCAAGUGAUGCUUUCAUCUUUGCAUCUUUGUCACUUUCACCUCCUGGAACAAACUGCUCCGAAAAAUGUGAUUCCUGUUCAGAGUGCAACUCUACCAUGGAAGCUUCAUUUGCAUCUGAUAACCUCUGUGGCCUGAUGCUCGCUCCUGCAGGAUCAUUUGGUGAAUGCCACUCCACUGUGGACCCAAAGCCCUUCUUUCACAACUGUGUGAAUGACUUGUGUUUGUCUAAUGGGAAUGAAGAAUUGUUUUGCAGCAGUUUGAGAGCGUACACUUUUGCAUGCCAGGAGGCAGGAGCGAAGGUCAAACCAUGGAGGGGUGAGAAGUGCACACUCUCAUGCCCCAAAAACUCUCACUAUAAUGUAUGUGUCAGUGCGUGCCCUGAGUCCUGUGGCAUUGUAUCUGAUAUCCCCUGCCCAUGGGCAUGUUAUGAGGGAUGUCAAUGCAAGUCUGGAUACAUGCAGAGUGGGAAUGGCUGCGUCAAAGCUGAGGAAUGUGGUUGCUUCUACCGUGGGCACUAUUACAAGAUUGGGGAGAUAUCGUGGGCUGAGGGAUGCUCAGAGCGGUGUAACUGCUCUGCCGCUGCCACCAUGUGCUGCGAGCCAUCGUCUUGCCCGGAGGGAGAGAGCUGCACCCUUAACAAUACCUGGGGCUGUGCAAGGAAAGGUGAUAAUGAUUCUAAAAUCUGUGAAGAUGGCAAGACUUGUGGUGUCCAAAGCCAACCUCUGCAAACCCAGUGUUGGGUACUGGGAGGCGCCCACUUCUACACUUUUGAUGGGAAGGUGUUUGAAUUCCUAGGAAACUGUACCUACACUCUGGCCCAACUGUUGAAUGACACCAGUGAGAAUUUGACAUUUUGGGUAGGGAUACAGAAAGACAGGACCCCCGACGAGGCUUCCUCUCUCAAAGGCAUCCAUGUCAAAAUGGCUCAAGACAAUAUUACCAUCUACAGAGGGGAAAAAGGCCAUGCUUGGAUAAAUGGCGAGAAAAGGCUAUUACCUGUGACUUUGCAGUUUGCACGUGUGAAUAUUUAUCAGAGUGGCAUGUUUGUUGUUGUAGAUACUCACCUGGGAAUCCAAAUUAAGUAUGACUGCGCUCAUAUUGCCACUCUCCUCCUCUCCAAUACAACAGCAGUCCAUGGCAUGUGUGGGAAUAAUAAUGGCAUUAAAGAAGAUGACCUCAGGACCCCACAGGGGGAAGCUGUUGAUGCUACCACCUUUGGCUGGAGCUGGAGAGUUCCUGAUCAGGAAACUCGGUGCACAGCAGAUUGUGGAGAUGCCUGCCCACGCUGCUCUGCUGAGCAGCUACUGGAGAAGGAUGUCGCCAGUCAAUGGAUCUCUAUGCACGAGUACAUCUGGUCACCACAAAAUCCAUUCUACGUGUGCCGGGAAGUUGUUAAUUACACUAAAAUCUCAGCAGGUGUGAGCAUGUUUGACCUGUGCUCUAGUAAUGACACUCAGGAGGUCCUCUGCCCCAUCUUGGAGGCCUAUGCUGCCACCUGCCAAAAUGCCCAGAUCCACAUCAGAGAGUGGAGGAACAGCACCUUCUGCUCCGUUUCCUGCCAACUGAACAGCCAUUAUAAGUCCUGUGGCUCAGCCUGCCCUCCCACCUGCGAGGACCCAUCCGGUUCAAGACCGUGCACCCUGGCUUGCGUGGAGACCUGCCAGUGUGACCCAGGGUUCAUCAUGGACGGUGACACCUGUGUGCCCUUAUCCCAGUGUGGCUGCACUUACAACGGCUACCGUUACCAUGGCAACCAGACCUUCUGGGCAGACGAUGGAUGCACCAAACGGUGUGUUUGUGACCCCAGCACCAACCAGACGCAGUGCCGUUUGGAUUCCUGCGACCCCGACGAAUUCUGCGGCCUUCAAAACGGAGUCAGAAGCUGUGUGCCGCACCCCCAGCAGACGUGCAUGUACACAGGUCAUCACAUAGUCACCUUCGAUCAGCAUGACUAUGAUUUGCACGGCACCUGUCGGUACCAGUUACUGGGCAUGUGUGGACAGGUACGAGGCCUUGAUGCCAUUCAGGUUUACAUACAGACAGAUGGACACUUGGCCUCAGCGCUUCAUGUCCUGGUCAAUAUGAGUGGUGUGCUCGUGGAGCUAAACAGCAAAAACAGUGAGAGCAUAGAGGUCGAUGGUGUCAAGAGGAGCAUGCCCUAUCACUUCAGCCCUUCCGCGCUGGCGUUCUCUUUGGGGCUGCACACUUACAUCUACACAAACAUGGGCUUUGAAUUUAGUGUGGGCAUAGAGGGCAUAGUCAGCAUUAGUCUCUCCAGUAAAUAUGCUAAUGCUACUUGUGGGCUGUGUGGUAACUUCAACUCUGAUCCUACUGAUGACCUCACAGCAAAUGGCCCACAGGAGCAUCUCAGUCCAGAGCACUUUGGAAAAGCAUGGAGGAGUGGGCCGAAUCCUUGGUGUGUGGAGGGCUGUCUGGGAGGAAGUUGUCCAAAAUGUUCAUCUGAGCGUCUGGCCCGCUUCUCUGACCCGGAGGCUUGCGGGAGGAUUCUGGAAGUUAAUGGACCAUUCAGGCACUGUCAUGGCAAAGUGGACCCCUCUAGCUUUUACAAGCGCUGCGUCAGUGACCUGUGUCUUCAUGGAGGUCUCCAGCCUGCACUGUGUCACUCCCUGGCAGAGUAUACUGCUGUCUGCCUUUCCCACAAGGCUACAGUUUCUGCCUGGAGGAGUCCUGGAUUCUGCUACCCCUCCUGUCCCUCCAGUACCAGCUACAACAUGAGUUCUGCCUCUGUUCAGCUCUGCCUCAGUUGGCAGAAUAACACAGUAGAGAUGCCUCCAAACAUGGGGGAGAACUGCCUUUGUGAAGCAGGGUUAGUUCACAGUGGCAGCCUGUGUGUCUACCCAGAAAACUGUGGCUGCUUCCACCACAGAGAAUACCUCAGAGCAGGACAGGAGGUGUCUACCUGCGAGCAAAGCUGUUUAUGUCAUGCUGGGGGACGCGUGACUUGUCGUAAUGUCUCCUGUGGUGAGGAUGAGGAGUGUAAGCUUAUUAAAGGUGUUCAAGGUUGCCACCCCAAACCCAAAGUGGCACGCUGCUCUGUUGAUGGAUCCCAAUACACCACGUUUGAUGGACAGGCAUUUGAAUUUCAUGGUUCAUGUAACUACACCCUGGUGCAGACGUGCCUCAAUAAACUGGAUGUGGAGCCUGUUUUCAUAGCUGCACAGGGCAACCACAGCGAGGGCAGGCAGAUCUACUUGCAAGUCGAUAAAAUGCAUUUUAAGAUGUCAGCAGCUUUUCCUGGAAAAAUUCAGGUAAAUGGAGUUUUCGAGAACCUGCCGUUCUCCCAGAGCAACUUCACUGUACAUCAGAAAAAUGGACAGAUAACCAUCAAGACCCCGCAGUCUGUUGAGCUAAUUUCAGACCUGCAAAACCACAUUCUGGUCAAAAUCCCCGACAUUUACCACCAGACAACCUGUGGCCUUUGUGGAAACUACAAUGAUAAUCCCUCGGAUGACCUGCAGCUGCCCAAUGGCAACAUGAUCUCUGAUCCUGACAUUGUUGGGCUGUCAUGGAAGUUGUCUGAUACCGAAUCAUCCUGCAGCGACACAUGUGACAGUACAUGUCAACUCUGCCAUUAUCCUGUGCCUGAGUACACAUCUGACCUGUACUGUGGCCUUCUCACCCAUCCCACAGGUCCGUUCUCCUCUUGUCACCAUUUAGCGUGCCCGAAUAAAUACUACGCACUCUGCAUGGAAAAUCUUUGUGAAGCAGAGGGACAACACUGGGCUCUGUGUGACGCACUGUGGGCCUACGAGGCAGCUUGUAAGGAGGCGGGAGGGAUGGUUGACCUCUGGACGAACUCCACAGGCUGUGCUUAUGAAUGUCCUCAAUUCAGCAACUACAGCCAGUGUGCCAAUGCUUGCUCCUCACUGUGUCCUGAGAUUAGCCAGGCGGUGCAGUGCCCCAGAGACUGCGAGGAAGGCUGCCAGUGUAAUACCGGACACCUUUAUGAUGGUUAUUCCUGUGUUCCAGCAGAGCAGUGUGGCUGUGUACAGGACGGGAGGAGGUUUAAGGCCUCUGAGAGCAAACUGCUACAAAACUGUACUGUUAACUGCACCUGUGGGCCUCCUCUCGUCUGUGAGCAAUACUCAUGUCCUGCACUGCACAGCUGUAUAGUUUCAGAUGGAAUUAUGGGUUGCCACAAGGAGGCACCAACCCCUGAUCCAUGUGAGGGAAAAUGUGAUGAAACUGAGACGUGUCACCUGAGCAAUGGCACACACGUCUGCGAGAGUCGUCGCGGUCUGUGCUGGGCCUGGGGAGGCCGGCACUACCACACCUUGGAUGGGCUCAACUAUAACUUCGAGGGGACCUGUGCCUAUCUGCUCAUAGGCAGCAGGGGGUCAGCAAAUGGUCUGACACCCUUUAGUGUGUCCAAGAAGAACAACUGUAAAGGCAGCACUGUGUCGUCCACACAGGCGGUCACUGUAAAAGCUUAUGGGUACAUCAUCAAGCUUAGUGGAGGAAAUGGCAGCGUACAUGUUAACAACCAGGUCACUAAUAUUCCUGUUAAUCUGUUGCGGGGUAAGAUCCAGGUUUCUUCCAAGGAAGGCAAAGCUGUACUGACGACUGACUUUAUGCGUGUAGUAUUCGAUGGGAACUCUACUACUAUUGUGAAACUGGACCCAUACUACAAGGGUAAAGUGUAUGGGCUGUGUGGCAAUUUUAAUGGUGACCCUCAAGAUGAGUAUCCUGUAACUACACCUGGUUCCCGUCCUGUCAACACAACUGCGGCACUCACUGAAGCUUACCGGCUCUUCGAUGGGGAUGAUAACUGUUGUACUGGCUGUAAACAGAAAUCAGAUGAAGAUGACAUGCUUGCAGAUCCUGUUUCUGAGGUUGUCCCUGGUGGCAAAGGACAAUGUGCAGUGCUCAUGGAUCAUAAUGGUCCGCUUUCCCACUGUCAUAAUCGAGUUAAUCCAGAUUCCUUCUAUGACAGCUGUGUGUUUGAUCAUAUGCAUGACGGAGGGUCAGAACUUGCACUUGACGGGGCCAUGUAUUCAUAUUCCUUAGUGUGUGAAGAAGCCAGUGAUGGCUACAACGAUGAAGUGACAGCUGGUAUGCACUGUCCACCAAACAGCCACUACAAGACCUGCGGCUCAGCGUGUCCUCCAUCCUGUGAGUUUAACGCCACUUUCUGCAACAAGAAGUGUGUUCAGGCCUGCUUCUGUGACCCUGGCUUCAUUAGGAGUCAGAUUGGCUGUGUGCGUCCACAUCAGUGUGGCUGCACGGACUCCAGAGGCAAAUACUACAGCCUCAACUCAACUUUCUGGACACCAGACAACUGUGGUCAGCUCUGUUUCUGUGGACCGGCUACUGGAGAGAUCCACUGCCAGCCAGCCCAGUGCCCCAGAGGAAUGGUCUGCAAGCGGCUACAGCACAAGCGGGUGUGUCAACCUGAAAAGCCUCAGAACUGUACCGUUGUCACCGGGCUGCAUUUUACAACUUUUGAUGGAUAUCAUUUUGACUUUCGGGACAGCUGUGCUUAUUCUUUGGUUCAGACUAAGGCCAACCUAACUGGACUAACACCAUUUAAUAUCACCAUCUCUGAUGCAAGUUGCCACAAAAGGCUUUUUCAUAGCCUCGAUUUAACACUCUCCAUCUAUGGUUUGGAGGUGGUGGUGAGAAAGGAUGACCCAGGGAAGGUUUUGGUUGAUGGACUGUAUAAGCCCUUGCCAUACUCUCACCAGACAGGCCAUGUUAAUGCCUACCACACACCUUCGUCUAUCAUCAUUCACACUGAUGUGGGGUUAUAUCUGAUCAUCUACAACACUGGCACACUAAUGGUUAUCCUCCCCAGAAGUUACGCCUUCUCUGUCUCUGGUCUCUGUGGGAACGCCAACACUGACCCUCACGAUGACCAAAUGAUGCCCAAUGAAGAGCUUGCCCAAAAUAAACUAGAGUUUGCCCACAGCUGGAGGAAGCCUGGAUCAGAGGCCUGUAGGUCCAACUGUUCCUCCAGACCGAAGCGUUGUCCUGCUGAGGUGCAGAAGCUUUUUGAAGGCAGUGAUUUUUGUGGGGUCUUGUUGAAUGAGCUAGGGCCAUUUGCAGACUGUGCGUCAGUGUUGAGUCCCAAGAUUUACUUCCACAGCUGUGUAACAGAUUCCUGCUCUUAUGACGGACACUACUCAGCACUCUGCAAUUCCAUUGCUGCUUAUGCUGCUGCCUGCCAAGCAGCUCAGCUGCCCGUCAGGCACUGGAGGAGUGACACUUUCUGUGGUAUGUCAUGCCCUAAGAAUAGCCACUAUGAGCUGUGUGGACCUCGAUGCCCUGUUGCGUGCCUCGGACUGUCCUCCCCUGCAGACUGUAGUGGAGGUUGUGAAGAGGGCUGCCAGUGUGACCCUGGCUACGUCCUGAGUGAUGGCCAGUGUGUGCUGGUUUCUGACUGUGGCUGCAUGCAUGAGGGGGAGUAUCGCCCUGCUGGCCACUUCUACUCUGAGAAGAGCUGCCAAAAGUGUGACUGCAAAGGGGGAAGGGUGACCUGCGGCCCUGUGGAAAGCUGUUCAGUAAAGGAUGGCCUUGCCGUGCAGUAUGGGGUGUGCCAAGUGUUUGCUGGCUUUGGCUACAUCACUUUUGAUGGUAUUAUUCUGCCUCACCAUGGAGCUUGCACCUAUAUUGUAUCAGCCCUCUCAUCUAAAGCCUUGCAUGACUAUACUCUGCUGCUUAGCUUUAAAAAGGACAUGACUGGCAUUUUCACAAUCAGCAGAGUGGUAUUUAAUUUGCAUUCAGUAGAGGUGUCCAUUGAUCCUGAAACUCUGUGGAAAAUACAAGUGAACAGAGAAGAACAUGGAGUGCCUUUCGACAACGGACAACUAAAAGCUUAUCAAGAUGGCAACCGACUGGUUAUCAUCACACCAUCCGGGGUGGGGAUUGACAUGUCCUCCAACCAUUACCUCAGGUUGACUGUACCACAGGUUUAUGACAUCACAGCUUCAGGCCUCUGUGGGAACUUCAAUGGGGACAAGUAUGACGACAUGGAAAUGAGGAACGGCCACAUUGCAAAAAGCUUUGCAGAGCUCCUGCACAGCUGGGCGGCAGCAGCAGCAGCAGCUCCUGAAGAGCACUGCACUGACACUUGUGGGAGAGAGUGUGAGGAGUGUAGGCUGUCCCCACGCGACAGCAUGGUCUGUGAUAUCAUGUUGAUCAAUAAUAUUGAAUUCCACCACUGCUGGAACAGUGAUGUGGAGCGAGAUAUUUACACACUCAUGUGCAACAGGGCACUUUGUGCCGGGGCAGCAGGGCAUGUGGCUGCAUGUCUAGCACUAGAAGCAUAUUCUGCAGCCUGCCAGAGUAAAGGGAUACCAGUGGGGUCAUGGAGAGAGAACACUCCAUGUGCUCUCCAGUGUCCUGACCGCAGUAGCCCCAGGAAGUGUGUUGACUCCAGCUCCAACUCAUGCCCCGCUCUGCUCCGGCCUGGCUCUCCAGCAACUGGCUGUUCAGAAGGCUGCGAGUGCCACAAUGGAAAUGUGUUUGAUGGGGACGAGUGCGUACCUUACAGUCAGUGUGGGUGUGUUCAUCGUGAUGUAUAUAUCAAGCUGGAUGAACAGUUGUACACUGAGGACUGCACCCAGAGAUGCUGGUGCCACCCUUUGGGUGGGGUGAUAUGUGAGGAGGCAGAGUGCAGUGUGGGGCAGCAGUGUGCUCUGAGAAAUGGUUCGUGGGGUUGUCAUGACAGACCUGAAGUUUGUGAGCUCAGGGGCAGCCUCCAGGUCUCCACAUUCAGUGGGCAGCAGCUGAGCUUGGAACCUCGGUUAUCUUACAGUCUGAUGUCCCUCUGUGACGAGGCAAGUGUGCACUGGUUCAGCCUGAUCUCUUACCAUGGACCUUGUGAUGGCAGCUCUUCCAGGCUGGUCACUGUGUUUCAGAUCCUCCUGCAUGGAGCAUCAUUAACUAUACAGGAAGGAGCAGUGAAGGUGGAUGGACACUUCGUGCCCCUCCCUCACAUCUUGCCAUCAGGGGUGUCCCUGUCCUCUGGUGUGAGCCAGGACAAGUCAGAGGUCACAGUGAUUUUGAGGAGAGACACUGGUUUGGAGUCAGAGCUGGAGAUAGAGAUUGGUGUUACCAUGGUGACAGUCAAGGUCCCUCUCUGGUACUCAGGGAAAUUGUGUGGUCUCUGUGGAAACCUUAAUGACCUCCACUCACACAGUUCAGUCAGGUCAUGGGUUCUCCCUGACUUUCCUGGCUGCUGUACAUGCCUCUUAGCAGCCAUGGGUGCCCUGUUGCUGCUUUGUGUUUUGGGGGCUUUACUCAGCAGUCCAUCUAAUGCUGGAUGGGCAGGGAGGGAGUUUGCCCUGUCAUUCAUGCAGAAUUAUGCUCCCAACUACGACAGUCCUCGCUUUCAGCUAUACAUCACUGCUGUUCAGGCCAACGCUAAAGUGACAGUGCAAGUGCCUCCCUUAAACUUCAAGCAAGAGAAAACUCUAAGUGCAGGAGAAGGGGUCACCAUCAGUCUCCCUACUGGUGUUGAGAUGUACGACAGCACGAAGUCUCCCAACACGGUGCGCAUUGAAGCCUCAGCAGAUGUGACUGUAACCUCCUUAAACUACAAGCAGUACACGGCAGACACCUCUGUGGUGUAUCCAAUCACUGAAUGGGGUACAGAAUAUUUCAUCUUUACGCCUGCUGGGUCCCCCUAUGGCUCCUUUAAAGAGUUCUCUGUGACAAACGGCAAAGAGCCCACCAAAGUGGAGAUUUUCCCCCGUAGCCCCAUCAGGUUCCAGGGUCGUGUCUAUGCGACUGGCAACCAAAUGGUGAUAGAUCUCCAGCCGUAUGAGAGUGUCCAGCUCCAGAGCACAUAUGAACUUUCUGGCACCAGAGUUACAUCCCAGCACCCUGUUGCGGUUGUCACGGGUCACACAUGCACCUGGCGCUUCUCCAAAUGUAACCAUGUAUACGAGCAGCUGCUGCCAGUCAGCAAGUGGGGAAUCAGCUUUAUUGUGCCUCCACUGAGCUUUCAGAAGAGAUAUGACAGCGUCUUCCUCCAGGCCUCCCAGCCCACCAAAGCCACUGUCAAACACGGCAACCGUGAUCAGCAUUUUACUUUUGACAAAAGCCAGAUAAUAGAGGUCCACUACCACAAUCCUGAAUCACUGUACAUCCAGGCUGAUCAUGGCAUCCAGGUCCUCCUCCUCUUCAACGGCGUCACACGGAGCUGGCUCCAAUUCUACGACCCUUUCUUGAUGACAAUCCUGCCCACAGACCGCCUCUGCUCCUCUUACUCACUAGAGGCCCUGGAAGGCUUUGACAACCAAGCCCUGAUUGUGGCACAGACCAGUGCGAUGGCAGAGCUGCGUAUUGAUGGUACUAACCUGCCCCGUAAUGUCCAGUGGAAAAAGGUGGCAGGGACUGAGUACUCUUGGGUACAGAUGCCCUUCAAACUGACUCCUGGCAACAAUAGGCACACUGUGUCCAGCUCUGGUUCCCUCUUUGCGCUCUACAGUUUAGGAGUCAGCCAGAUGAAUGGUUAUGGUGCCCCAGGACAAUGUAUACAGCAAGGUGGUGGUGGAUCUUUGUCCUGCAGCACUAUCACUUGCAGUCCCAGUGAGGUGUGUGAAAUGAAGGGUGGGUAUCCCUCUUGUGUCCCUAAGCCUGUGGAAAAGAAACCUGGUGUCUGCUGGGCCAUGGGAGAUCCCCACUACCGCACCUUUGACGGGCGCCACUAUAACUUCAUGGGUACCUGUACAUAUGUCAUCGCUAAAAACUGUGGGAAGGAUGAUAAGCUCCCUGCCUUUGAGGUCCUCGCCCAAAACGAGAACAGGGGAAGCCUCAGGGUGUCGUAUGUCGCCUUUGUCACAGUGAAGGUGUAUGGCUUCACCAUCGCAAUCGCUCGGUCUGAGACAGGUCGUGUGAGGAUUGACGACAGUCUGUGGAGUUUGCCUGUGACCUUGAAAAACGGCAAACUGCUCAUGUUUCAGAGCGGUCGCUCUGUGGUCAUUGAGACUGACUUUGGCCUGACUGUCCGUUAUGACUGGGAACACUAUCUCGAGGUCGAUCUGUCCGCCACUUACGCUGGUAAGACAUGUGGUCUCUGUGGCAACUUCAAUAACAACCCCAAUGAUGAUUUCACCACACCGUCCGGCACCCAGGCAGGUGGGACUGUGGCCUUCGGGAGCAGCUGGAAGGUGCCAGGGCUGGUUAAAAAUGCUCUGUGCAAAGACGACUGUGUGGGUGGGUGUGAGCGCUGUGAACACAGCCUGAUGAAGAAGUGGGAGGGUGACUCGUUUUGUGGGCUCAUCACACUCGUACUUGAUGGGCCAUUCAACAAAUGUCAUUCCGUCAUUGACCCACAAGCAUACCUGGAGAACUGUAAAUAUGACGUAUGCAUGGGAGGCGGCCUUCGACAUUUCCUCUGCAGGGCGCUGGAGGCUUACGCUGAAGCCUGCCAGCUUGCUGGGAUCCAGGUUCAAGACUGGAGGACGAGGGCAAAAUGCCCUGCUAAAUGUCCAGCUAACAGCCACUAUGAGCUCUGCGGCAAUGCCUGUCCUGCCACUUGUUCCGACCCUGAUGCUCCCUCCAAAUGCAGACGUCCCUGUGUGGAGUCCUGCACCUGUAACAAAGGCUUUGUUUUGAGCGGAGGUCAGUGUGUGCCCAACUCCAAAUGUGGUUGUGUGUAUGAGGGUCGAAGCAUCCCCGCUGGGGAGUCAUUCUGGGGUGACCAGGGCUGUCGGCGAAGGUGUAAAUGCCUUGCUGGAAACCGGCGCGUGGAGUGCCACGAUAAAGGCUGCGGGGCAGGGCAGCAGUGCCAGGUGGUUGAGGGCAUAAGAAAGUGCCAGGCAGUCUCCCACAGCACCUGCCAAGCCACGGGUGACCCCCAUUAUAAGACCUUUGACAAUAGGAAAUUUGACUUCCAGGGCACAUGUGUGUACCAGCUGGUUGCACUCUGCUCUAAGAACCCAGACUUAGCGCCCUUUGAGGUGCUGGUGCAGAAUGAUCACCGGGGCAGCAAGGUGGUCUCCUACACCAAAUUAGUGGAGAUCAAGGUGGACUCCAUCAGCAUUAUCAUUACAAAGACCCACAAAGGCCUGAUUUUGGUGAAUAAUGAGCUGGUCAACCUGCCCGUCACCCUGGAUGAAGGAAAGAUAUCUGUGUAUAAGAGCGGCUGGUCAGCUGUGGUCACUACAAACUUCGGCCUCAAAGUCACCUUCAACUGGAACAGCGCUGUGUAUGUAACACUGCCAAGCACCUACAUGGGAGCCGUUUGCGGCCUGUGUGGCAACUACAACGGCAAAGCCCAGGACGACUUGAUUCCAAAGAAUGGCGACAAACCUGUUUCAGCAGACACUUUUGGCACCAGCUGGCGAGUGGCAGAGAUCCCAGGAUGUGUGGAGGGCUGUAAAGGGGUGUGUCCUAAUUGUGACAUUAAUGAGAAGGUUCAGUAUGAAAAGAAAGAUUUCUGUGGUAUCAUCACAGACCCCAAAGGGCCGUUCCGUGACUGCCAUGCCAAGGUGGACCCAGCUGGCUUCUUUGAGGACUGUGUUUAUGAUGUAUGCUUGUAUAAGGGCAGAAAGGAUGUGCUUUGUGAGGCUAUUACAUCAUACACAUCUGCCUGCCAAGCUGUGGGGGCCAAGGUGUACAGCUGGAGAACCAAACAGUUCUGUGCGGUGAAAUGUUCCAUCCACAGCCACUAUGAAAUAUGUGCGAUUGGCUGUCCCGCCACUUGCCAGAGUCUGACCCCUCCUCAAGGUUGCGACGCCAAGUGUGAGGAGGGCUGUGCCUGUGAUGAGGGGUACAUCCUCAGCGGGGAUCGUUGUGUCCCCUUCUCAGAGUGCGGUUGCGUCUACAAUGAUCGCUACUACCGCAUCGGCCAAGUGUUUUAUCCCAAUGGGAAGUGUCAGGAAGAGUGCAAGUGCGCACAAGAUGGAGAGGUUGAGUGCAAGAAGUUCACAUGUGGCCCUAAUGAGAAGUGUAAAGUGGAGAACGGUGUCCAGAAAUGUCACCCUGUUGGUAAGGGUGUGUGCCACGCCUCUGGUGACCCCCAUUACCGCUCUUUUGAUGGGCGGACAUUUGAUUUCCAGGGCACCUGCACCUACACGCUCUCCAAGAGCUGUGGGCUGGAAGGCACCCACCUGGUGCCCUUCUCUGUCCAGGUACAGAACGUGCAGUGGAACCAGAUGAUGAACAACAAAGUGGUGUCUGUCACCAAGCUGGUCGCUGUGGAGGUCUAUGGCUACACUCUCAUCAUGAGGAACAACAUGUUUGGGGUCCUGGUAAAUGGGGUGUUUAACUACGUGCCUGUGAAUCUUAAGGAUGGAGCAGUGCUGGUCUUCCAAGAAGGCAUGCACUAUGUUAUUGAAACAAAUUUCGGGCUGCGUGUCACUUAUGACCUGGUCUAUCACGUGACGGUCACAGUACCUGGUAAUUACCGUGACAAGGUCUGUGGCCUGUGUGGCAACUUCAAUGGUAACCAAAAAGAUGACUUCCAAAUGCCCAACCAUCGGCUCACCAACAAUGUGAAUCAGUUUGGAAAAUCAUGGAUGAUCAACAUCCCGAAUGUGAGGUGUGGAAAUGGCUGCGAGGGGAACAACUGUCCUGACUGUCCCCCAGCUCGCAAGGCUGUGUUUUCAAAGUCCACUUACUGCGGUAUUAUGACAGCACCCAAAGGUCCUUUUGCAGCCUGCCAUAGUAAACUGGACCCACAGCCUUACUUUUUGGACUGCGUGUUUGAUGUGUGUGCUUCUGACGGUGACGGGAAGGUGCUGUGUAACAGCGUAGCAGCCUAUGCGUUCAACUGUCACAUGGCCGGAGUGGACGUCAAAAACUGGAGGACGUCUUCAUUCUGUCCCAUGAAAUGCCCGGCCAACAGUCACUACGAGGUGUGUGCAGACCCCUGCUCCUCAUCCUGCGCAGGCCUCUCAGAGAUUGUCAAGUGCUCCGACAGCUGUACAGAAGGCUGUGAAUGUGAUCCUGGCUUCUUAUAUGAUGGACAUGGGUGUGUUCGAGAGACUGAGUGUGGCUGUUACGACAAUGGAAGAACGUACAAGCCUGGUGAAGUGGUGUAUGAGGAAGACUGUAAGACAAAGUGCACCUGCAAACCAGAGACAGGCCUCGUCUGUGAAGACCAUACCUGCCCCAAAAGCACCAAAUGCAUGGUCAGGAAAGAAAUCAGGGCGUGCUACAACACAGAUCCCUGCAAAGAUGCCAAGUGUCGAGUCAAAGAGAAGUGCCAUGUUGAGAAGGGUGAAGCCGUGUGCGUCCCCGAGUACACAGGCAUAUGCUGGGCCUGGGGCGACCCCCACUACCACACAUUUGAUGGUUACAACUUUGACUUCCAGGGCACCUGCAAAUAUGUCAUCUCCAAGACCUGCGGGAAGCUGGACGGUCUGGUGCCCUUCUCAGUCACUGAGAGAAAUGAUAACCGUGGAAACACGGCAGUUUCUUAUGUCAGGGAGGUAGAUGUGUCUGUGUACGGGUACAACAUCACCAUCCGCAAGAGCCAAGUUGGUCGAGUCAUGGUGAACGGAGAGCUGGUGAAUCUUCCUGUACACCUGUCUGAGGAUGAGGGCGAGGGUGAGGUGUCAGUGUUUCAGCGUGGCCACACUGCAGUGGUGGAGACAAGCUUUGGCCUGAUCGUGUCCUUCGACUGGAACUGGGAGCUGGUCAUCAGGCUGCCCAGCAGCUACUACGGCAGUGUCUGCGGUCUGUGUGGUAACUUCAACGGCAACAACCGCGACGAGCUCCAGAAUCCAGCCGGCAAAGCUGUCUCCUCAGUGAUAGAGUGGGGCAAGAGCUGGCAAACGCCUGAGCAGGACAAGGACCAUCCUUGCUGGGACACCUGCAAGAAAAACUGCCCUACCUGUGACGGUGACCAGCGUAAGCUCUAUGAGACCGAGGCUUUCUGCGGCGGCCUCGUAGCCAAGACCAACAAUGUGUUCAAGAAAUGUCAUGCAAAAUUGGACCCCCAGGCCUUCAUGAACAGCUGUGUGUAUGACAUGUGUUUGAAUAAGGGAGACAAAAAGAUGCUGUGCCAGGCAUUGGCCUCAUACAGUGAGCAAUGUCGUGAGGAAGGAAUAAUAAUCCAAGGAUGGAGGAAAAAGUUUGGCUGCCCAAUGAACUGUCAGCGUCACAGCCACUAUGAAGGCUGUGCCAGCCCAUGUCAGCCAUCCUGCCCAUUCCCUGAGAAAAAGAAGGCCUGUACCGGCACCUGUGUGGAGACCUGUGUGUGUGACAAGGGUUACGUCCUCAGCGCUGGUGUCUGUGUGCCCGAUAAAACAUGUGGCUGCUCCUAUCAGGGCCGUUACUACAAGCCAGGCCAGCACUUCUGGGACGAUGAGACCUGCGGCCGUCUAUGUGAGUGUGAUACGACCCUGGGCAUGGUGACAUGCCGCGAGGCUUCCUGCUCUGCCAAGGAGACAUGCACCGUGGUGGACGGAGAGCGCGCCUGCCGACCCAUCAGUCACGCCACAUGCACAGCCUCAGGUGACCCACACUACCGCAGUUUCGAUGGCCGCAGGUAUGACUUCCAGGGCACAUGUGUAUAUCAGCUGGUGGGACUGUGCUCGGAGCGGCCCGGGUUAGUGCCGUUCAAGGUGACUGUGCAGAACGACCACAGGGGAAGUAAGGCCGUGUCCUACACAAGGACUGUCACGUUUACCAUAUAUGGCAUCACCCUCACCAUCAGCAGAGAAUACCCGCACAAGGUCUUGCUCAAUGGGCAGCUCGCUUCGUUACCGCUGGAUUACAAUAAUGAGCUGGUCGUGUUUCUCAGCGGCUGGACAGCUGUAGUGGAGACAGUUGCUGGUAUCACCGUGACCUUUGACUGGCGGAGCACAGUGAGUGUUACUCUGCCCAGCAACUACCAGGAUGCGGUCUGCGGUCUGUGCGGCAACUACAAUGGAAAAGCUCAGGAUGACCUGACUAUGCGGAACGGCCAGAUCGCCAAAAAUGGAGACAUGCUGGGGGAGAGCUGGCAGGUGGCCCUCGUACCAGGCUGCUCAUCAGUCUGCCAGGGGGCAUGGUGCCAGGCCUGUUCAGACUCCCAGAGGAAAGUGUACCGAGCCGAGAAGUACUGUGGUAUUAUUGCUGACAGAGCAGGGCCUUUCAGAGAUUGUCACAAACGUGUGGACCCUGCUCCUUACCUGGAGGACUGUGUGUAUGAUGCCUGUCAUUAUCAUGGUCACCCUGGAGCAAUCUGUGAUGCCGUAGGAAUCUAUGUCUAUGCCUGUCAGAGCGAAGGAAUCGUCAUCCAGUCCUGGAGAACAGAUAACUUCUGUCCAAUGGUGUGUCCAGCUAACAGCCAUUAUACCCUGUGUGCCACGGGCUGCCCGACCACCUGUGCCAGCUUAACCUCCUUUGUCAACUGCCACAGGGCCUGCACAGAGGCCUGCGAGUGUGACGAAGGCUACCUGCUGAGCGGGGAUACCUGCGUGCCUGUCAAAGACUGUGGCUGCUCCUAUGAUGGCCACUACUACAGGAGAGGAGACGUCUUCUACCCUGAAACCGAGUGUGUGGAGCAAUGUGUCUGUGGAGAGAACGGCGCGGUGUCUUGCCAAAAAGCCAAGUGCCAUGCAGGGGAGAUCUGUAAGCUUGUAAACGGAGUGAAAGGCUGCCACCCAGAGGGGCAGGGCAAGUGUGUGGCUUCUGGUGACCCUCAUUACAUUUCCUUUGAUGGACGGAGGUUUGAUUUCCAGGGCACCUGUGUCUAUGUGUUGGCCAAGGUUUGUAAUGACGACAAUGGCCGGCUCACGCCAUUCACUGUUACUCAGGGGAACGAGAAGUAUGGAAAUGGCAAAGUGGCUGUCACCAAGUCGGUUGCAGUGUCGGUCUACGGUUAUGUCAUUUACAUCCAGCAGAAGAUGCCAUGGAAAGUCAUUGUGGAUGAUGAACUUCUAAAUCUUCCUCUCUCCCUGGAUGAUGGGCGUCUCAGGGUCACCCAGGAGGGUCGCAACGUAGUUGUGCGGACAGAUUUUGGAUUGACAGUCUUGUACGACACUGUCUAUUAUGUUGAGGUGAUCGUGCCCUCCACAUACCAGGGUAAGAUGUGCGGUCUUUGCGGCAACUACAACAAGAACGGCGGCGAUGACUUCAUACUUCCUAAUGGCAGAAAAACGAACAACGUCGAUGACUUUGGGAAGGCAUGGGUGGUGGACCUGCCUGGCAAUGUGUGUGGUGGCUGUGGAGGCCAGUGUCCAGUAUGUGAGCAGGCCAAGGCCGCCCUGUACGGGAGAGCCGACUCCUGUGGCAUCAUGAGCGCACCUAAUGGGCCUUUCAAAGCCUGCCACAGUAAAAUCGACCCAGCGGCAUAUGUGUCCCAUUGUGUGUUUGAUGUUUGUGCGGUGGGUGGCGACAAAGACACUCUGUGCAACAGUGUCCAGGCGUAUGCUUUGGCCUGCCAGAGCGAAGGAGUGAAAAUCCAGCCAUGGAGGAGCGGCUCCUUCUGCCCUGCCUCCUGCCCUGCACACAGUCACUAUGAGGUGUGUGCCAACACCUGUGGUGGGACCUGUGCCAGCUUUAUUUACCCGUUCACUUGUUCUGAAGGCUGCUUUGAAGGAUGCGAAUGUGAUGCCGGCUUUGUUUUCGAUGGCAUCCAGUGUGUUCCCUUGGACAACUGUGGAUGUGUGCUCAAUGGCAGAUAUCUGACGGUGGGCGAAAUAGUGGUGGACAAAGGCUGCAAGUCCAAGUGUGUGUGCCAGGCCUCUGGGGUGGUGAAAUGUGAGAAGCUGUCCUGUGCCACUGAGGAGGUCUGUAGCGUAAGAGACGGGGUCAGAGGUUGCCACGUCAAACAAGGCCAGUGCGGCAUCAGCCAAGUCGGCCACCUCACUUCCUUUGAUGGCAUGUCUGGAGCGAUAGGAGCUAAAGGGGCAUUUGAAGUGGCGUCUCUGUGUGACGAAGCUGCCAAGCUGUGGUUCCGCGUGGUUGUGGAUGUCAGGGUCUGCAGUAAAGGGGCAUCUCCUGCUGUCGCCACUGUGUAUGUGUUCUUCAAGGAAACAGCUGUUGCAGUGAACAGCCAACACGUGACUUGGGUAAAUGGCAGGAAAGUGUCUCUUCCCGCUAAAGUGACGAGUGAAAUAUCCAUCCGAAUCUCAGAGAGGACUGUGAUCAUCGAGCAUGCACAUGCCAUGCAGGUCACCUACUCAAUUUCACAGGAGGUCACCGUUAUUGUCGACAGCAGCCUGGCCGGUAAAAUGUGCGGCGCCUGUGGCAACUACAACAGCAACUCCAAAGAUGACAUGAGGACCGCAGAUGGGAAAAUCACCACUGAUGUGACUGUGGUUGUUGGCUCCUGGAGCGCCGGGGACUUUUCUAGAUGCGGCCUGUAGAGAUGUUGGUUCUGCGGUGAUAGAAAGCAUCUGGUAUACAGGAUGAAGAAUGUGACGUUUGUUCGGUGGAAGUUGCUUGUUUACAGCCAGUCUUACUCAUCAUACUUCCAAUACUUCCUCUUGAUUCAUGAAAUGGUUUUGGUUGUUUACUGGCCGUCUGGUCCUCUAUUGUUCACUUUGGAGUGGUAGAAAAAAAUCAGGCUCACUCUUGACCGACACCUCCAUCUAGUGGAGGAGGGAGUUACACCGCCUCUUCUCCACAGAACAAGAGGAAGUCGUCCUAAACCUGUCUUAUUAUACUGUACUUGCUUAGUUUUAAAAACUGUUUUACAAAAUGUGAUCUCCUUACUGUUCUGACCAAUAAAUACUUUUCCAUUACA